CUACCGCAACGCGCAGGCGAUACGAAGCAAGCUGCCUCGUCCCGAAGCGCGGCUGCAGAAGACCGCAGAAGACCAGACCCAUACCGCGGCCUCUGGCAUCGUCCGAUCCCGUGCCUGACGCUUGCGCACCCUGCAGCCGUUCCUUGUUGUCUUGACCUCGGACCCCACGACGCUUCACGACUCAGCGCAGCACAGCACUGCACCGCACAGCACAGCACACGUCGCUCGCUCGGUCUCACCGCAUCGCGCCUGCAGACAGACUACUUCCUUCGUCUGCUCUCUCCCCCACACCAGGCGUCCCGUGCGAGUGCAGUAUCUGAGGGGUACACUUUGCCUCUGCCUUGGUAAGGAUUCGAAGCGGGCCGCGGGCAUAGCGCGCUUCCUCGCCUGCAUCGGUCCGUCAGCCAGCACCGCUCAACCAGAAAAUGGCAACAGGACUCCCAUCCCCGCCCUUCUACGAUGUCCCGAAUCUGAACAAUUUACGGGACGCGGCGCUUGCGUGUGGCGGGCUGAAGACGCAGGACGGGAAGAGCGUUCGGCCUGGAGUGCUGUUUCGCAGUGCCGAGGUUAGCAAGGUUGAUGGGGAGGGGUGGAGGAGGGUCAAUGAGAUUGGGGUCGCCCAUGUCUUCGACCUCCGCAGCAAGCAAGAAGUAGACCGAGGCUGGGCCGGCAUCACCAACGAGGAAGGCAAGGACGCAGAAGACGUGGUGCAGGGCUGGGAGGCCACGCUGCACAGCGCGGGCGUGGAUAGGACGUGGGUGCCUGUGUUCAAGGAGGCGGAUUAUAGCCCUGAGAAGCUGGCGGAGCGCUAUAUGAAAUACCUCGACAGAUCCACCGAAGGCUUCGUCUCCGCCUACCGCGACAUCCUCACCGACGGCGGCCCCGCCUUCCAGACCAUCUUGCUGUAUCUUGCCAAUCUCUCCCCAUCCAGUGCAGAGCCCGAGCCAAAGGCCAUAGGCGCCCUCAUCCACUGCACCGCCGGCAAAGACCGCACCGGCAUCUUCUUCGGCCUGCUCCUCAGCUUCCUCGGCGUCCCCGACGCCCAGAUCGCUGACGAGUACCAACUCACCGAGCCCGGUCUGUCGCACAUUUACGACACGGUCCUGCCGAGGUUGAUGGCGAGUCCGGCGUUUGAGCGGUAUCGGCGAGAGCAUUUGGCUGGGCAGGGGGAGGACGAAGGCAGGAAGGCAGCGCUAAGAAUGUUGGGCGCGAAGAAGGAGAGUAUGCUGGGUGCAUUGGAGAUGUUGAGGGGAAAGUGGGGAAGUGAGGAAAGUUACAUGAGGGGGGUUUGUGGGCUGGGGGAUGAGGAGUUGAUGGCGCUGAGGAGGAAUUUGCUUGUUGAUGCGUGACUCGAGGUGCUAGCAUAGACGGGUGGGAUUGCAUUGAACCUAGACGCAGAAUUCUGCCGUGGAGACUGAAGUACUGGCUGGACUUUGUAGCUCCCGUCAAGACUGCAAAGUGAGCAUAAUGUGUUACUACAGGGUUUUCAGUACACUUGCCGAUGAAAUGAAG